AUGACUGUUGCGCCACCACACGCUAUUCGCCCCUUUCUCUCUCUCUCCUCUCCGGCCCAGCCACAAACGCACACACGCACAGGCGACGCCAUCUCCGGAUCCUUUCGAGACGCAGCCGUUUCCCUCGCUCUCAUGGGCACCUACCUCUCCCUCCGGGUGCGCAAGCGACCAAGAAAAGAUGGAUCGGACGAUGCAUCCUCUGCAGCCGGCUGCAGCGCCUCCGAUGCGGCGUCUCUUCCAGCCUCCUCUCUCUCACACGUGCUUCUGAGGUUGCGAUAUCGCUGCGCUUCCCCGAGCCGUAUCGGGUCGGAGGUGUGCCGUUCCGUUGCGGAAGACGAGGCGACGCGCCGCACGUACGGCUGUCACGCACACGUAUAUGAGACCGACACCGUGGACGGGAGCCACGGCGUGGCGCUGGCGUGGCGUGUCGACAAGUUCGCUUCGCCUCUGUCGGCGCUCUCCCUCCUCUCACUGUGUCGCGUGGCCAACAGCUGCCGCAAAAAGACGCUGGUGACGACGCCAAAAGGCGAGGCAGUAGUACUAGCCUACACUGCCUCCCUGUAG